UUCUUGAAGGUUGCAGUCUUCAUAGGCUUAUGUAGGAUGGUGUAUCUCUUAGAUAUUGAGUAUGACAAGGAUCACCGGGCUUUUCAUAUGAUGGAGAAGAGAACGGAUCUUCACCCUUUGAAGAUUCGUUACCAUGGCACAGUAGAUAUGGCGUAUGACGAGAGGUACACGGAGUUCAUCCAGCCUACCGGUCUUCUCCCAUUCAUAUCGCUUGUAAGCCGUGGGGGGCCGAACAUGAACGCCGCGGCACUCACCGCCCUUGUCGACCGGUGGAGGCCGGAGACGCACACCUUCCACUUGAGGGACGGCGAGAUGACCCCUACUCUUCAGGAUGUUUCCAUGAUACUUGGACUUCCUAUUCAGGGCGACCCAGUGUGUAUGAACAAAGCUUCUAAUGGGUGGCGCCAGCAGAUGGAGAACCUUAUUGGCAUGGCUCCUCCGCCGCCAGAAGAUCCAAAGGAGAGAACUCCCGCCGGCGCUUCUUUCUCUUGGAUCGGGACUAACUUUGGAGAAUGCCCGGAAGGGGCCAACGAGGACACUAUCAGGACGUACACCCGUGUGUACUUGUGGUACAUGUUGUCGAGGACUCUCUUUGCUGACAGUGGUGGGAAUAUGGCCCAUUGGUGUUGGCUCAAGGCGCUUACGGUGUUGGAGCACCGGUGGAGUUGGGAAACAACGGCACUUGCCUACCUCUACCGGCAGGUGAUGAUUUGCUUAGGACGAAGCUUGUCGCAGGACUGGAAAGGGCGGUGUUGGUGGAUGCUUGCUCCUACUUUCCGAGAUGACGAGCGAAUGUACAUGCACUACACUGAGGAGUUGGACACUCUUACCGCUGAGCAGCGGUCCGAGAUCCAAAAAAUAGCUGAGGAGUGCGAGGUUGUUUGGGAUCAGAGCCAUAGAGAUGAAAAGCCUGUCGGACCGUUGCGGCAUUUCAUUAAGAACAUUGCACGAAAGAUGCGGCGGUUAGCCAACUUGCUAGGUUGCCGCGACGGUGAAAUUGCUACAUCCUCUUCUGAAGAGGCGGAGAUUCCUGAUGACACCAUUCUGAGUCAAAGCAUUAGUCGAGGCAACAAGCAAGCCACACGGUCUGCUUACCAGUUGAAGCCAAGAGAUAAUUAG